AUGUUGGUUUCCUACUUGGCCCUCCUUCUCUGGGCAUCAGUGGCGCAAUGGAUCGAUUUUAUGAAACCCUGCUCUCGGAAGCAUUGGCAGGCCGCUGCCAGUAGUGAAGUUGAUGUCUGUACACAGAUAGGUUUGGACUUGAGUGGUCAAGGGGGCAAUGCGGCAGAUAUGCUGACCGACUCUCUUGCGAUCAGCAUUGGCGGCGGCGGAUUUGCUUUGAUACGGACCCCCGCAGGCAACAGCGAGGUCGUAGAUUUUCGAGAGGAGGCCCCAGCACAGGCGCAUCGAGACCUAUUCGACGGACGCCCAGACGCUCGCGUAGUGACGGGCCUUGCAGUAGCUGUCCCGGGUGAGCUGCGCGGGCUGCAGACGAUCCACACUCGCCACGGACAGCUACCAUGGAGCGAUGUCGUGGCCCCUGCAGUGCACCUAGCGCGCAGGGGAUUCGAAGUGUCAGCCGACCUUGUGCGUUUCAUGGAAGGAGCGAUUGAGGGCCGCGACGAUUUCUUCUUGACUGAACCAUGGGCGGAGGACUUUGCCCCUGAUGGACCCCGCGUCACCGUGGGGAGUACCAUGACCCGUCACCGAUAUGCUGACACGCUCGAGAAGAUCGCUACUCUAGGGGCCGAUGUGUUCUACACGGGGCCCAUGGCCCAAUCAAUGGCUGGAUCAGUUCGUGAUGCUGGGGGCAUCCUCACGGCCGACGACCUGUCCCAGUACCGCGUGGUGAUCCGAGAGCCAGUUGAGGUGUCCUACCGUGGCUUCAUUCUACGCAGCUGCCCCAGCCCGGCUGGCGGGCCAGUAACGCUGUCCAUAUUGAAGACACUCGAGGGAUUCGACCCCGCAGCCCAGGCCGGUUUUAAUGUGUCUUGUCAUCGUCUCAACGAGGCCUUUCGUUUUGGCUUCGGCGCCCGCACCCAGCUAGGGGAUCCGCGAUUCACCACUGAGGUGCGGCAGCGAGAGGAGGCCAUUCUGACCGACACGUAUGCUACUUAUGUGCGUUCCAACAUUUGGGACGGAACUACGCGACCACGAGAUGUCUAUAAUCCCAGCCAACAGCAGAUUACCACGUCGGCGGGCACUACACACCUGGUUGCGGCCGACCAUAGCGGUCGAACAGUGUCCUUGACAUCCACGGUGAAUAGGUACUUUGGCUCGCAUGUCAUGGACAACCAGACGGGGGUGAUUUUCAAUUGUCAGAUGCAAGAUUUUGCACUUCCCAGUGCGCCCCGAUCUCCGGCUGGCCCUCCGGCCAACGAGAUUCAUCCUGGCCAGCGUCCAUUAUCGUCGGCGUCCCCUCUCAUUAUCGAAUAUCCCAACGGAACGCUCUUCCUUAGUAUGGGCGCUGCCGGAGGACCCAAGAUCAUUACGACUUUGGUGCAAAUCAUCCAGCAUGUGUUGGAUGGCCAGUUUUCCCUCGUCGAUGCCUUGGCGGCUGCCCGUAUGCACGACUCACUUACGCCUAAUCAGACAUUGCUGGAGAUACCAGGCUACGGCACUCAAGGGUUCAGCAAUGAAACGGCAGAAUUCCUACGUUCGGUGGGUCAUCAAAUUGGCUACAUCGUGCCAACCAAGAGCGCCGCCCACAUUGUUGGCUGGAGUGCGGAUGGCCGCUUGGAGGCCGCAGCAGAUCCAAGGCAUGCACGAGGAGGGGCUGGA